ACCUCAUUUCCGCCCGGCGGCAAGAUGGUGGCGCCUAGGCCCCGCCACGCAGACUUCCGCCGCACGCAGAGACCCAGGGCACGCUGCGGGCAGCGCCGGAGCUGAAGUUGGGACCCCCGCUGUGUGGAAUCAGGGUUCGUUAGGGCAACAUGUCGGAAAGCAACGCUGCCGGUGAGCCCAGCGCCCCAGCAGGGCCCCGAACCCUCCUCUCCGGGGCUCGGGGGCUUAUCGGCCGGCGGCCGGCGCCUCCCCUCACUCCCGGCCGCCUUCCCUCCAUCCGCUCCAGGGACCUCACCCUCGGUGGAGUCAAGAAGAAAACCUUUACCCCAAAUAUCAUCAGUCGGAAGAUCAAAGAAGAGCCCAAGGAAGAAGUAAUCAUCAAGAAGGAGAAGCGUGAAAGGGACAGAGACCGACAGCGAGAGGGGCAUGGGCGGGGCCGGGGUCGCCCAGAAGUGAUCCAGUCCCAUUCCAUCUUUGAACAGGGCCCAGCUGAAAUGAUGAAGAAAAAGGGGAACUGGGAUAAGACAGUGGAUGUGUCGGACGUGGGGCCUUCUCAUAUCAUCAACAUCAAAAAAGAGAAGAGAGAGACAGAUGAAGAAACAAAACAGAUCCUGCGCAUGCUGGAGAAGGACGAUUUCAUCGAUGACCCUGGGUUGAGGAACGACACUCGAAACAUGCCUGUACAGCUGCCUCUGGCUCACUCUGGGUGGCUGUUCAAGGAAGAAAAUGAAGAACCAGAUGUUAAACCUUGGCUGGCUGGCUCCAAGGAAGAUGACAUGGAGGUGGACGUGCCUGUUGUGAAAGUGAAAGAGGAACCACAAGAUGAAGAGGAGGAGGCCAAGAUGAAGGCUCCUCCCAGAGCAGCCAGAAAGACGCCGGGCCUCCCAAAGGACAUAUCUGUGGCAGAGCUGCUCAGGGAGCUGAGCCUCACACAGGAGGACGAGCUGCUGUUCCUGCAGCUGCCAGACACGCUCCCGGGCCAGCCGCCAACUCAGGACGUCAAGCCUAUCAAGACAGAGGUGCAGAGUGAGGAUGGACAGAUGGUGGUUGUGAAGCAGGAGAAAGACCGGGAGGCCAGGCUGGCGGAGAAUGCUUGUACCCUGGCUGACCUGACAGAGGGGCAGGUUGGCAAGCUGCUGAUCCGCAAGUCAGGAAAGGUGCAGCUGCUCCUGGGCAAGGUGACUCUGGACGUAACAAUGGGAACCGCCUGCUCUUUCCUGCAGGAGCUGGUGUCCGUGGGCCUUGGAGACAGUAGGACAGGGGAGAUGACAGUCCUGGGACACAUAAAGCACAAACUUGUUUGUUCCCCCGAUUUUGAAUCCCUCUUGGAUCACAAACACCGGUAAGAAGAUCAGAUGGAGGAUGCUGGUGGCUGUGCCCAAGGCUGCUGCGUGCUCCAGACGUUUUGCUGUAAAAUCUGUGCCACCCAGAAGGGGCCUGUUCAGCCCACCCACUCGCUCCAGUCUUUGGCAGCCAUUGUCCCAGUUUUUCCCACAGUGUGGAUACUGCAUGUCCUCGCUGCUGGGGGACUCGUCCCUUCUAUUUAUUUUUGUAUUUAUGUCGUAUCUCUUUAACCGACUGCACCUUCCCCGGGGAGGGGAAGGGUCUGUGGAAGAGGACAGGCUCCUUCCCUCGGUGGGAAGUGGUGGAAGGACUGCUGCUGCUGCUGCGCUUGCUCCCCCCUCCCUCCCGAGGGCAGUGGAGGAGGGCAUAGAACGAGCAGGGAGUCUUCGUGUCUGAGACUCCACACUUGGGCCCAGCUCUGUCAGAAACUAGCUGUGUGACCUUGGACAAACUACCUAACCUUUCUGAGCCUCAUUUGCCUCAUCCAACUAAAAACGAGGAUAAUACCUACCUCACGAGGUUGGUGUGAGGAUUAUAUGGAAUGUUGUAGAUGAAAUCUCUUGCACAAGGCCAGACAUACACAGUAGACGCUCAAUAAAUGUCAGUUUCCCUUCC